AUGGUGCGCUGCGACCCGACGGCGCCGUGGCUCUCCAUCGAGGGCGGCGUGCAAGGGGUCUUGGUCAAUGACACCCUCCUCGUCAACGGCGCCAUCGCGCCGGAGCCCAGCCUGCCCUACCUGUACCUCUCCGGCGGCACCACGGGACUGGAGCUGAACACGAAAUUCGCCGCCGUCACGGGGCUCGGGGACGCCGGCGGCUUCUGCGAGCUGGCCGUCAUCAACCAGGCACCGACGGGCGUGGCGCGGCUCUUCCUGGGCACACAGAACAACGCCCCGGCCGGCGGGAAAUGCGAGCUCGUGGCGCUGGCCAACGGCGGCGCGCAGCUGAACGCCCUGAACCAGUUCAUCAGCAUGAACACCACCAGCGGGUUGGCCAAUUUGGCCAUCGAGCCUAACUCGGGCGGGACGAACAACGGCGAGUCACAGUUCGCAACCAUGGCGCCACCCACCAAGCGCGGCAGAGCCGAGGCUGCUCCGAAGGGCAAGCGCGCAUGUCGCGCGGCGAAGUCUUUGGAGGACGUCCUGCCAGGCGGUCCCGCGAUGCUCGCCACCUGGCUGUCACCGUGGACCACUCCGACCGAUCGCGGGGGUGAUGAAACCUUUCACGAAGCCGGGCGUAUGUACGACGCCGGCGUCUGCGAUCACGCAGGCUUUCACAUGGCCCGCGAUCUCUUGCAGCUGGCCUGUGCCAACAGGACCUGGAACCAGCUGCGCUUCCCCGCCCGCAACGCCAACAGCUUCGCGGACCAGUGCCACCAAGACUUCUGUUUCCGGUGCUCUCUCGAGCAAGAGGAUUAUCUCAAGGACGCAUCCUUGGAGCUUCUGCCCCGCCGCGAAAAACGCCUGGUCGUGCUGGCCCAGGCGAUCGGCUCCGAAAGCGCAGCGGCGGGCCUCCGGGUCAUGCACAUGAACACCUCGGGAGCAGAGCUCGCAAACCGCCCGCGGGACCCCCUGCCUCUUGACUACCAAAACUUCCUGCGGCCGGGCGGGAUUGCGCCCCAUACUGCCAAACACGACCUCGAGUCACAAUUCGCAACCAUGGUGCUCCCGACCAAGCGCCGCAGAGCCGAGGCUGCUCCGAAGAAGCGCAAGCGCGCACGUCGCGCGGCGAAGUCUUUGGAGGACGUCCUGCCUGGAGGGCCGCAGUCCCUGGCUUUGCGAGCGCCCUACCAGAAUGCCAACAGCUUCGUGGACCUGUGUCACGGCAGGGUUAUAUGCGACGCCCUGUACUUCGCGCGAACCAGUUUCGAGCGCCACAUGGGCGAAAGCGAGUGCUAUACGCCGGCUGCCACGACAGCGUUGUUGCAGCGGCGUGAAGGGCGAGUGAUGGCUGUUGCCAAUGCCGCUUUAAGCUGCUUCAGCGACCGCGACUUGGCGCGCCGCGGACAGCAUGAGAUUGAGAUGCUCUGUUACGAGUCCAGGCGUCCGUUGUUUUGGGACGGAGAUCCCGAAUGCCCGGCGCUGGCGGACGAUCCGCGCAAGCCCCUCGAGUUGAAGCGCCUGAACGUCGUGGAGAAUCCGACCGAAGCAAAUCUCGUACAGCUGCUUGAUUGUUGGUCUGCAGACUGGAAGCAUCGGGGCCGCACCAGGGCUGUGGGGCCAGGGGCUUACGAGAGAUAUGCGACGCUGGGUCUCUUCGGACACGGGGGCAUCGUCGGGGUCUCCAACGCAACGGGCCAGCGGGCAGCCUGCUCUGCCGUGAACCGCUUCCUCAAGAGCCGCUUUCCGAACGGCACCUGGUCCUCCAUCGCCGUGCUCUUCAACCCUCGCAUGGGCCUGCACCGCGACAUUCAGAACAUGCCGGGGCAUCUGAAUCACGCGCUUGCCCUGGGCGAUUACACAGGAGGCCGGGUGUGGAUCGAAGACGAUGAGGGGGACUCGACGGCCCGACUGGCUGCGAAGACGGGCGAGCGGGAGCUGCGGGGCAAGUGGCUCGACAUGCACGACAAACCGGUGAGCUUCGAUGCCCGCCGCUAUCACAUGGUGGAGCCACACGAGGGCAGCAUGUGGGCGCUUGCGGCUUACGUUCCGCAGGCCUAUGCUCGGGCGACGGAGCAGCACCGGGAGGUUCUCGCAGAAGUGGGAUUCCCGCUGCCGCAGUGUCCGACGAAAUCGGACUUUGCUUGA